GCAGGAAAAAUCUUCAAAGAUGGCGGAGGGUGCAACGUCUCUGAAAGGGUUGCGGGCACAAAUGGCUGCGGCUGCACAGGCGCAGGCAGAGGAGCGGCGCAGCCAGGCAGGAAACAGCCCAACCCCUACAGCUCCAGACAACACGAAGAGCCAGGCCAGACCAGUCAUUGAUGGUGCAGCUUUGAAAAUAGACGACAAACUCAGAGUGGCUAAAGAGAGAAGAGAAGAGCAGGACAAGAAACAAGCUGCCCAAAAGUCCCAGCUCCUCGAGCGAGAGCGCAAGGCCCGGCUGCAGGUGGAGCGACAGAUGGAGGAGAAACUGAAGAAGCUGGAGGAGCAGCGAAGAAAGGAGGAACAGAGGAGAUCUGCUGUGGAGGAGAAGAGGAAACAGAAAUUAGAGGAAGAAAAGGAGCACUAUGUGGCAGUGAUGAGACGUACCCUGGAACGUAGCCAGCGAGUAGAGCAGAGACAGAAGAGAUGGUCCUGGGGUGGACUCUCAGAUUCUGACAACAAAAACGGACAGGCUGACAGUGGCUCCGCCUCUUCCCCGGUUGCUAUAGUAAUCUCCCCUGCCUCUCCAGUCUCCAAGCCGCCCAGGAGUCAGACGUCACAAGACAAGCGCUCUUCCUCCACUAUGAACCUGAAACAGACUGACUCAGUCAUCAACAAGCGUCUCUCCUCAUCCUCUGCCACCCUCCUUAACUCUCCCGAUAAAAGUUCAAAGCGGAGAAGUUCAUCUUUAAACCGGUUGCCUAGCAAUGCCCCUCAGGCCCCUAAAGAAGCGCAUAAGCAGCCUCAGGUGGAAAAGACAGGCCCAAUCCUGAAGAAGCGAAGCUCCUCCCUCUCUCGAGUAGGGGCUAAAACACAGCCCACCACCAAAGCAGAGAAAACCACAGCCAACGAAUCAGCUCGCCGUUCAUUGGCCACCCCCAUGGACAGCGGCGUCCUCAGUCGCCUGCUCACACCCACCCAGGCCUCACUAGCUAGAAGCAAGAGUGCUGCGGCCUUGUCCGCCGAUGGAACCGACGCCCAAGAGUCUCACCUGUGUCCUCGUUCAGCGUCUGCCAGCCCCCUGCAACCCCCGACUCACGGACCCUUGCGCAGCCGAAGCAGUGACCGGAAGAAAGGCCCAUCUACAUCUGCGUCUUCGGAUGCUAUCGGCGGUAUGACAGAGAAAGGUGAGAAGCGUUUUACAUCACCAGUAGGAAAACGUCCUGCCUCGCCUUCAAGUCGUCAUCGAUCCCCCUCACCUGCCCCACCUGCUAACACCGUCCCAAGAGCGCCCUCACCUGGAGCAGCCAAGCAGAGUCCUCGAUUUCGUCCUUCUUCACCCAGUGGUGUGAAACAGCGGCCUCCGUCCCCUCAACCCUCUACCACACCCAAACCUCCACCCAUUCAGAAACCUGCUCUUACACCUACCGGCCCCCCCACCCUGCGCAAGAGGGACCCCAAGCCAAAGGAUAUGUCUCCUAUGAUGCCCGUCACUCCCCAGACUCCAGAAACCAUCACCACCACCACACCUAGCCCAGCACCCAUAGUCAAAAUCAAAGAAGAAUCUAAUUCCAAAGCCAUGGCAGGAACCAGCUCUGCUGCAGAGGCUUCCAAGAUCCUGGCAGAAAACCGACGUCUGGCACGUGAGCAAAAAGAGAAAGAGGAACAACUCCGUAUACAGAGAGAAGAGGAGGAGAGGCUAAGGAAAGAGGAGGAGAAGCGACAGGCAGAGGAGGAGCGUUUGAGGCUCAUAGAGGAGGAGAAGAGGCUGGCGGAGGAGCGGAAGAGAGAAGAGGAGGAGCAGGCUAUUAAAGCGGAGGAGGAGAGGCAGCAAAACGAACUGGAGGAGCAGCAAAAGCAGGCCGAGCUACAGAGAGAGCGUGAGGAGGCUGAAGCAAAGGCGGCAGAGGAGGCAGAGAAGCAGCGCAUAGAGAGAGCACUCAUUAUGCAGAAAAACCAACAGGAACGCAUGGAGAGAAAAAAGAGAAUUGAAGAAAUUAUGAAGAGAACCAGAAAAACAGACCAAACUGAUUUUAAGAGUUUUGAAGGCAUGUCUGAUGAAAAUGGAGAUGAGGCUGAGGACCAACUAAACUGUGAAAAUAAUAAGGAGAAUCAGGCAGUCGAGUCAGAGAAGAGUGUGGAGUCGGUGGAUGAGACACUUUUAAGUAUGAAUGGACAAACGGAUGAGGAGAGUAAGGAGAACAACAAUGGACCCAGCACAGAUAAUCCAUCAAUGGACAGCCCUCCUCCUAAAUCCUGCCUGAUAGAAGGCUCAGAGUUUGUCAAUGAGGACUCUAAUGUGAGCCUGGUGGAUGGACUAAACGGUAAAGGUGGACCCUGGAGCUUUGAGGAGCUGAUCGAUCUGGGCGUUCAUGCAAAAAGCAAACCUCUGAUGGACGACGGUGGCCCAGAAGGACCCCGAGUGGCCUUUGAAGAAAAAACGAGCUCCUUACAUCCAGCCCCACCUAUUGAAGCCCUGUCCGAGAUGUGAAUGGCCAAGUCCGUUUAGGGCCUGCUGGGUGUUACACUCCAUGAGUCCAUCGUCUUGAGCACUGGGACUCAUCUGGACAGUGAGGAAAAGUACACGGUGCCUCUGCACAUCAGAUAAAGGAUGGAUUUAGCAAGAAAAGUUGGAAGAAAAUACAAAUGAAGUGCUUCAAGGAAAAUAAUGGGUUCCUUCAUUGUGUUUGCGUCGCUUAACUCUACGCAUAUAAUAUCUGUGUAUCAUCAGCAUUUGUUUUUCCUUAGAUACGUUUCACGUUGUCUUUUAAAUGUGGGGACAACUUUAAUUUAUUCACAUUUAAAAUGGCUGCUCUCUCCUUUUGUUGUUUUUUGUUGUGCAUGUUUUUUGCAGAAUUUCAUUGCAAGUCUUUACACGGCAUAGGCAAAUUACACAUGCUAUAGAAUGAUGCUGUGGGUUAUUGAGUAUGCGUAAAGCGAUUUGGUCACUGAGAAUUGAGAAAGCUCACAUUUUUGGGCUGACACAGAGGUUUGAAAGUCGUACUCCUUAAAACCCCAUGAGCAAAGCUCAGGAAUGUGACCCAAGUUGGAAUCUGUCAUAAACACAGACAGGCUGCUGGUGUGGAGUUAUGAUGAUGUACUUUUAAUUUCACCUCAGGAUAUUUUCCUCUUAGCUUCUCUUUGCUCCAAAAUAAUAGCUUUGAAAUAACUCCACAACUGACUUCAAUGUGUGAAACCACAGCCACUAUAGUGUUAAACACUAUAUUUUCUCUAGAUGUGCAGACCGCUCGAAGCAUUCCUACUGUGUGUGUCACUUGUAAAUAGCAAAUCUUUGUCUAGAUAUUUCAUUGAAACUGCUUACCAGACUGAUUACACCUAAAAUUUGAAUUGAGCGUGAAUAUUAUGCCAAUACUGCCUUGGGCUUUGAGAUAUAAGGAUAUGGGAGCUCGAUUGCAGAUAGGCAUGAUAACACUUGGUUUUUAUGUUGUAUGUUACUGUUCUCUAGUAAGUUACUGUAUUGUUGAUUGUCAUGUUCUGUACAUAAGUAUGACUAGUAACAAAUAUCUAAUUUAAGUAAAAUAACAUCCGAUGUCUGCAUGUAUCUAUGCUCUAUUAUAUUACUGUAACCUCUUGCACACUUUCUGCAUGGUUCUGGUGUCUGUUCCCCAGGGGUUUGAACAAAUAUGUUUGUUGUUUCAACAGCUAAACUUGAAUGAUUUAAUGUGUUCUCAAAUGCCCAAAGUCCCCUCAGGGUUAUACUGUGCUAUUAGGUCCUUAUGUAUACAGUAACUGUUUUUAUCAUCCUUUCUCGGUAUAACUUUUAUAUCCUAGUGCCCUCUUAGUGAAACAAUUGUUUUAUAUAAUAAAAAAUAGUCCUAAAUAUGCAUAAAUACAGUCAUAUAUUUAAAACUACAUUUCUGCAUAUACAAGUGUUAUGUAAAUAAUCAGUAUUAGGCUGAUAUUGGCCAUAUUUGUGUGUAGGGGGAAUUACUGUAGGUUUUGAAAGGCUUUCUGUUAGUGUACUGUACGGUGUGAUGGUAUACGUUUAUCACAGAAUGAAAUGCUGUUACUAUACUCAAAGACCAGAUUAAUUACAGGUUAUAGCACCAGCCUGUUAGAUGUGUUGCAAGAAAGACAAAAGAAAGUAGGCUGAGGGUGCAAGAAAAGUACAAAGCUGCUGUGAGGUUGACUAAUGGAUGGGAAUGUUGGUAAACGUUUGCAGCCGGAGGAUUCAAGGCAGGUUAAGUAAUUGAUGGAUAUGUGCAGGUGACCUCCGCACUAGACUAGGUGUGAGGUUUUAGCAAUUUGAAGUCAGAUUUUGGUAGAAAAUAGGGUGUACUAUAUUUGAAAAAGUCUUUGAAUAAUCCAGUUCAAAGGUCACUGGGUUUAGAGGAAACACCAGUUCAGUUUGUGUUUACUAAUUUGUCAUUAUCAUUCCAACUAUAUAUAAGAAUUUAUGUUUCUGUGUUAUAUAAUUUUAUAUGCAUCUGUGAUUUUUACCUUAUGCCGUAUGAUAAGGAUUCUUUGACUCAGGAGCUUUAGUGGAAAUUUUUGUGGGGGUUAUAGAAGUGAUCAGUGCUUGACGCGAGACGUAAUACGUGUACGUUAAGUGCGAUUUGGAAAAACUGUGAUCUGUUUCGGCCUUUCGUAUGUACUUCUAAUACUCUUAAAACUUACAAUUUUCAGUUGUGUGGCUGCUGCUGAAAAGAUUAAGGCAUGUGUGUAUGUUAGUUGUGUUUUGCUUCUUUUUUAAUGCACUAGCACAGCCAGUUUACACGUUAAACCCAAAUGCAGAUAUCAUUUCCACUAACAGAGUCCUUUGUACUGUAUACAUAAGAAAUAAAGCUGUUCUUUAAUCUCCAAUACAGGGAUAAAAUAGGACGGUGCCUUAGAUGCAGAAUAGGCUGUAUUUUAUUUUCAUAUAUUAAUACCUAACGAGUCACGUGAGCUUACCUCGGCCAUGACAAUCACUCUAUUCGACCAGGGUCAGGAAUAGGAUCUGCUUUUGUUAGACCUGGGUCUUGUCUUGAAUUUGCCCUGACCACAAAUUAUAUUUGUAAAUAGAUCUAAAUGUACUGGGAAAAUAUAAAAUGUUAAAAUAAAGUUUUGAAAGAUAAAAGGACA